AACUACUUAGGAGGGACUAUUAGAGAAUAGGAGUCAUAAGUAAAUCAAUCUCCGUUACACUGACACAAGGCUAAAUCGGAAGAGACGCCUUUUCUCCAGUCCAGUGACAGACUGGCCGCUUUGCUUUGGGCGAGCAACUAAGCUAAAUCGGAAGAGACGCGGCCCAGCCCAUUGGUGAUAUCCUCACCUCACCUCACCUCACCCUUGUUCUCCAAUCAAUCUCAAGCAUCGGCGUCACUUUGAGCUGCAGCAUGGAUAGAGUUUGGAGUUGGAUUCAAAAGGUCAUCCAUCCAUGAAAUCUCCCCCUCUUCUAUUUCUAGCGACGAAUUAGAGAAAGAGAGCAGAUUGCUGCUGGAAUGACAAGCCUUAGCCUUACAAGCCUUGGCCGUUCGUUUUGCUCCUCCUCCUCCCCCUCCGCAGUCCAGAGUCUGCGGCGGCUAACACUUUCAUGCUCCUGCUCUGUCUUCCCAAGUAAGUUAAAGCGGGCAUACACCAGCGUGAUGAUAGCGCCCACUGGAGUUGGAGCGGCCAUUGGCGGCUACGCCGGAUAUGCUUUGCCGGUGUCUCGAGCCCUCUCCUCCGUCGUUGAUUGCCUAAUCUCCCACCCUAACGUUCUUAAUGCAGCAAUGCUUUACUGGCCAAUGCCGAAUGUGUUGUAUGUUGUGGGCUAUGCACUUGAUAGAUUUGCAGAGGGCUUUUGGGCACUGCAACCUGUUCAUCAGAAUAAGGUUGGCUUAGUUCUUGAUGCUGGGAUCGAGGAAAAUCUUCGUGCUCGUCAUUUACAGGCGGUGGAUGCGACAAGGGCUUCUCUUGGCUUGCCUGUUGUCGAAUAUACUGUAACAGAUGCUGCCUUGCAGGUAGAGAUGUGGGUUGACCCGGAGAGUGGACAAUCCACUGGAAGGAUAGGGCAUCCUGAUUCCCUAUUAAGGGCUGUAGGGACAUUGAUGGAGAGAUCUGGGGUGAAUGCUGUAGCAGUUGCACGUUUUCCAGAAUAUGACAAUGAUGGUAUGGAAAUCUAUAGACAGGGAAUGGGAAUUGAUAUUCUGGCAGGCGUAGAGGCAGAGAUAAGCCAUCUAGUGGUGAAGAAUUUUGGCAUCCCCUGUGCACAUGCUCCUGCAUUACUACCUUCUCCGCUCAGCUAUACCGUGUGCCCAAAAUCAGCUGCUGAAGAAAUUGGGUAUGCAUUCCUGCCAUGUGUGCUUGCUGUUCUCAGUACUGCCCCGCAGUACUUGAAGGUCCAUAACUCCAAUUCGUUAAUAGGGGGCUGCAUCAUUGCUGAUGAUUUUGACAGUGUGAUCCUACCCAUCAAUGCUUGUGGAGGAGAUGCCUCUCUUGCCUUUGCCGGUAGGGAAAGGAACGGCAGGCCACUUUUAAUUGCUGUAGAGGAGAAUGAAACUGUUCUGAAUGAUACCCCCGAGAAACUUGGAAUGACUCCAGUGAGGAAGGUAUCAAAUUACUGGGAGGCUAUUGGAGUGUUAGCAGCUCAUAAAGCAGGAAUAGACCCAAAUCUGAGGAGAAACAGGAUAAAGAACAUAAACCAUACCUCACAGCAUCCCUCAAGACACUUGGCAGUUGACACGUGAAUCUGUAGCUCAUGCCUGAGCUGCAGUACGGCCGUUGCAUGGGCUGGGCAUGCGUUACAA